GAAGAAGAAGAUAGAAACCAAUCCCAAGCAAACUCACAGAUUCUCUUAGUUGUACACAAAGCAAACCACUUACUCCUCUUUCUCUCUACUUUCCUUCUUCUUCUUCUUCUUCUUCUUCUUCUUCUUCAAUUCCUCCCUUCCCAAAUCUCCCAAUUCCCCACCAUGCCCGACGCCGCUCCAAAACCCUCCGUUAACGGUGCCGCCACUACCAACGGCACUAUCCCUCCUUCCUCUUCCAAACCAAACUUCCGUCAACACCCUUACCGUCCCCCUCCUUACAGGAACCACCACAAUCACCACCGUACCCGUCGCAAUCUCUGCUGCUGCUUCUGCUUUUGGACCAUCAUUAUCGUUUUAGGCCUCAUUCUUCUAGCUGCCAUUGCCGGUGCUGCUCUUUACGUAUUGUACCGUCCUCAUCGCCCUCAAUUCACUAUCUCCUCCCUUCGAAUUUCCAAGCUUAAUCUCACUACCUCCCCGGAUUCCUCCGCCUCUCACCUCUCAUCUCUUUUCAAUCUCACUCUCUCAUCCUUUAACCCCAACUCCCACAUUACCUUCUCUUACGACCCUUUCCUUAUCUCCACUUUCUCCAAUUCCGUCCUCCUCGCCAAUGGCUCCAUCCCGGCUUUCAUCAGUGGAACCAAGAAUCAGACGGUGUUUCGAACGUUGAUGUCCGGCGCCGAAGAUCUUGAUGCGGAUUCCGUUACGAGUCUCAGAUCGGAUCUGAAGAAGAGAGGGGGAACUCCUCUGACGAUUGAAAUGGAUACGAAAGUGAAAGUCAAAAUUGGACGAGUGAAUAGUAAGAAAGUCGGAAUCAGAGUAAGCUGUGAAGGAAUUAAAGGAAUUCCGCCACGAGGAAAGACGCCGACGGUGGCCUCUGUUUCCGACGCCGAUUGCAAGGUUGAUCUCCGAAUCAAGAUCUGGAUAUUCACUCUCUAAUUACUCGGUAACAAAUAUUAUAUAAUAUCUUUCUUUUUUUUUUUUCACCUUUGCUUUUGUUUUGUACUUUUCUUUUCUUUUUUUCUGGAGAAUUUUUUAGAGAGAUAAAAAGUAAAAAUUUUAAAAAAAUUUAAGGUUGUGAGAAUGAAUGAUUGGGUAAUUUGGGUUAAAUGGUUAAUAAUUUUUUUUUAUCUGC